GGUUCUGAAAGCCAUUCGUGGGAAUCUCGGCGACAGUAUAUCACGAGCCGAGUUUUUCAACUGUCCAGCAUCUACGAGAUCGCGAUUUUUUUCUUCGAACGACGUUUAGUUUCGCGACAAUUCGGGCAUAAUGUACCGAUCUCGAGCCUCGGUCCUCGCGGUUCUCGCGUUCGUCGCGAACGCGGUGCUUCUUGCCUCCGCUGACAGUUCUGGACGAAUCUUUACAAUGUGCGUUCCGGAGGUGUAUUGGAAAGAUUGCGUGGACAUGAUCAAAGACUCAGCGCUGAAAGGGAUUCCAAUCUCGUGCAUCUCGGGUCGUGACCGAUACGAGUGCAUCGAGAAAGUUGGUAAUAAGGAGGCCGACGUGGUAGCUGUCGAUCCAGAAGAUAUGUAUCUAACGGCGAAAAAGAACCAAAUGGCAACGAAAGCUGGUUACAAUCUUGUCGAGCAGGUGAGAACGAAGGAGGAACCACACGCGCCGUAUCGUUACGAAGCCGUGGCUGUCGUGCACAAGGAUCUGAACAUCAACAACGUGCAGGGAUUACGCGGAUUAAAAUCCUGUCACACCGGCGUAGGCCGUAACGUUGGCUACAAAAUACCGAUCACCAAACUCACCGACAUGGGAGUUCUAAAUAAUUUACACGACCCAGAAUAUUCGGCGCGCGAGAACGAGCUGCGCGCAUUGAGCUCUCUAUUCUCCAAGGGAUGCUUGGUCGGCACUUGGUCCCCGGAUCCAGCGAUCAAUCGCAGGCUCAAGGACACCUAUUCGAACAUGUGUGCUCUGUGCGAGAAGCCAGAGAUUUGCGACUAUCCAGACAUUUAUUCUGGAUACGAAGGCGCGUUGCGAUGCCUCGCGCACAACGGCGGCGAAGUAGCUUGGACAAAGGUGAUUUACGUGAAACGUUUCUUCGGUUUGCCAGUCGGCGUGUCCCCUGCAGUUCCGACUGCAGAAAAUCCCGCAGACUUCAGAUACUUCUGUCCAGACGGUAGCAAAAUACCAAUAGACGCCAACACGAAACCGUGCACUUGGGCAGCGAGACCUUGGCAAGGUUACAUGACCAACGACCAAGUCAACGACGUAGAAGCCGUUCAGAAGGAACUGACGGAUCUCGGUAAACUGGGAGAGGAAGAAAAGGCAGACUGGUGGAAAGACAUUAUGCUACUGAAUGAGAAAACUUUGGCCGUUGCAGCGCCAGUGGCGUUGCCUGAAUACCAUUUGAAAGACGCAAAAUAUUUCGACGUGAUCGAGAGGAAUUCCGGAGCUACGGACAAAAGUGCUCGUUGGUGUGUCUCGAGCAAGAAAGCCCUCGACAAGUGUCGUGCACUUGCUAGAGCUGCGUACUCCAGAGAUGUCAGGCCAAAGUUCGAGUGUUCGCUGGAGAAGACUCAAGACCACUGUUUGAAAGCGAUCAAGUCAGGUGACGCGGAUUUGACGAUUCUCGAAGGAGGGUCAGUUCUUCGUGCGACCAAGGAAUUCAACGCGGCUCCCAUAAUCGUGGAAUCAUAUGGAUCAGGUUCGACGGAUCUUGGCGAAAGACCAGCAAUAGCGGUUGUCCAGAAGUCAUCCUCCAUAAACAAAUUGGAGGACUUGAGAGGUAAAAAGUCAUGCCACAGUGGAUACAAGGGUAAUUUCGCCGGUUGGUUGGCACCGUUGCGAGUAUUGAAGCAGAAGAAUCUCGUCAACUCGGAGGACGAUCUGGCUGAUUUCUUCUCGGGAUCGUGCGCUCCUGGAGCACCGAGCGGAUCCAAGUUGUGCCAGCAGUGCGCCGGAAACUUGGCGAGCAACGACGACCGAGUCAGAGACGCGGGCAAAUGCAAACCGAAUAAGGAGGAAGCGUACGCGGGCAAAGGAGCUCUCGCCUGCUUGUUAAAUGGCAAGGGGGACGUCGCGUUUGUGCCAUCGACUGCUUUGAACAACACUGAUUCCUCGAAGCUCGAGCUGCUCUGCGCAAAUGGUGGACGGGCGCCUAUUGAUCAGUGGGAACGAUGCAACUUGGGUCUGGAACCGCCGAGAGUUAUUGUCAGCUCGGCUGCAAAAACUGCCAACGCUUUGGAAGAGCUCACCCACGGAACAUUAGCCGCCAGCACUCUUUAUUCGAAACGGCCCGACCUUUUGCACUUGUUUGGUUCUUGGACCGACCAGCCCAAUCUCCUAUUCAGGGACGAGGCAAAUGGUCUGGUGUCGGUGAACAAAUCGUGGAACAAGUGGAACGAUUGGCAGAACACACAGCAAACUUAUGGUAUAGCUUGAAACGUCGUUUCUCGUCGCAGGGAGACUUCAGAGGGCUGCGAGAUUGUUCUUUUAACGCUGCAAUAAAAUAGCGUAGUAACUAA